UCAAUUUCAAGACGAAAGAAAUGCACACGAAAUAACAACGCUCGAACGCACCCAACAAAGAUGGCUUUCGUUAGGGGGAGGGAAUACAUGUAAUCAUGGCAGAACCAAGGCUUGGAAUUUUGAGUUCAAAAAUUGAGAAUAUGCAACAAGUAGAUGAAAAUUCUCCACACUUUGGUUUUGGUGUAUCUGACAGCAACAAUCAAGGGAGGAUGCAGUCGCCAAAUGGCAGGGGCAGAAACAUACAAUACCAGGGUACUGGUGAUUAUUCAAGUGAAAAUGUGGAUGCAAAUUUCCACAUGGAUAUGGACAAUCCUCAAAGUAGUGGUUCGGAGAACAUGACACCGGACAUUAUAGGGUCUCCAGAAAUUCAAAUUCACAGUGAGGGAAUGCCAAUGUCGUCUGUCAGUCAAGGCUCUGUACACUCCCCCAGCAAUGAACAUGUGGUACAGCCCAUCAUACAGGUCACAGGUGUCAAUGAUGACACUCAGGUGUACACAGGUGGAGAAGACUCGCCAUCCAAUGCCUCUCCCUGCAUGAUUUGUAAUGAUCGGGGGUCUGGCUACCAUUAUUCUGUUUUCUCUUGUGAAGGAUGUAAGGGAUUCUUCAAACGAAGUGUCCAGAAGAACUUGGUAUACACCUGUAAAAAUGAAGGAAGUUGUGUCAUCAAUAAAUUCACCAGAAAUAAUUGCCAGUACUGUCGCUUUGUGAAAUGCACACAAAUGGGCAUGAAGAGAGAAGCGGUUCGUGAGGACAGAUCCCCUGGAGGGAAACACAGAAACAAGAAGCCCCGAUUGGAUGAAAUCCGUGCCAUGGUAAGCAGUGAUGGGGAGGUGUUAUUUGUUCCGGGGACCCAGGAGUCGAAGCCAACAGAAUCAUUUGAGGAUCCCAUAAUGGAGGGGCUUAUUAAUGCCAGACCAGACCUUAUACCAAGAGUGGACGGAAACAUAUGUUUACAAAGUAUGGGUAUAAAUCAACUGAUGCAGUAUGGUUAUGCUGAACUGAAAUACAUCAUUGACUGGGCCAAGAAGGUGCCUGGUUUCACAGAGUUGCGUCUAGAAGAUCAGAUGGCUUUGUUGAAGUCUUCUUUCAUGGAGCUCAAUGUUCUGAGACUGUCCUACAGAUCAAUGGAAACAGGAAGCUGUAUAAAAUUUGCAGAAGGAUUGAAGGUACCCAUAGAGCUGGCUCAGAAGAUGGGCUGGGGCAAGGAGUUAGUGGCAGCCACGGUGGAAUUUUCGGCCAGACUGAAGGAGCUUAGCAUUGAUAAAGUGGAGUUCUGUAUCUUAAAUGGCAUUGUACUGACUUAUCCAGAUGCUCAGAAUUUGAUGGAUAAACAGAAAGUCAUACUUCUACAGACUCAAAUUUUAGACCGCCUUCGCAAAUAUCACAGCCACAAAUUUCCUGGAAAUGUGAGGCGAUAUGGUAAAAUGUUAUUACGCCUACCAUUCCUACGUACUGUCAGUGCAAAGGCAGCAGAAAGAUUUCUCUCAUUGACUCUGGACGGAACCCUUCAGUUAAAUGAACUGGUACUGGAGAUGAUCAACUAGAUUUGUCCCAUUCUGUCACCCGUUCCCAGCGCGUUUCUUGUGUGCCAUCACAACGAAGCAGGAUUUCAUUGCAGGCAUUUUGUUAUGUGUGCAUGAUAAAAACUUCAUUGUUGUUUUAUAACAUAUUGUUCAUGUCCAACAAAUGUCAUUAAGUACCAGGGUUAUAUUUUGUCAUACAAUCUCAAUGUAUUUCUAACAGAACUGAAUUUUUUUAAAAUUUAUUUUUAGACAAACAUCACAAAGUGAUUAAGGUGAGGAUAGUACUUAUUUAUUACUUCAUAUUUAAUAAUAAUAAAAAGUAAUUUUGUAUCUGUUCUUCUUUUUUUAGCAAAUAAUUCAAGGAAGAUUAAUGUGAGAGAAUUUAAAACAUAUGGCUAUUAAAAUAAUCGUAUAAAAGAAAAUGAAACUUUUAAGAAUUUGUAUCUCGAUUUGAUUGAUGGUGAAGAACAAAUCUGCAAUUCUUUGUCACCUUUAAACUGAAAACUAAUGAUGUAGGAGUAGGACAUUUGCUGGUAGGAUCUCUCAUGAUGUGAGUUGUGAGUUUUCUAUACCCAAGCCUUGGAUAAAAGUUGUAAACCAUCAUAAAUCACGAGAGAUUCUUUUUAUCAUGUUAAAUCCUGUUUUUAUGUUUAAUCACCAUUUUAUAGGAUUUUUGAUACAAAAAAUCUCGAUGUCAUUUCAAUAGAAAUACAUAAAAAUUCAUUGUGAUGUCAUCAGUAUAAUAUUAAAAAUUUAUUACAUGGGUGAUCUCCAUUGCAUAUUUGGCUUAACGUGAUAAAUAAUAAUGCACCACCUAGUUUUCAUGUUAUAAAAGGAAACGAUUGGCAAAUACAUUUGCCUCAGGUCAGCUAUGUACCUAUAAUUUAUCAUUGGGGUAGUCAUUCCAGUGAGGUUAUGUGUUGUGUCAGUAUGAAUAUACAUUGUAUGAAAGAAAUGCUGUCAAUAUCAUAAGUUUAUUAUAUCAUGUGUCAUAUAUUUCAGUCUUGUUAACUGAUUCUGAUUCUCUACACACAUGUAAUGUGGGUUUUUAUUUUAAUUCAAUGUAUUCAUGUAUGUUGUGCAUAUGUGCUGUUCUGAAUUGAAACAUUAUAAUUAUGUACAUAAACACUGAAGUAAAAUGUAAAAUUCAAUUUAUACAGCGUCAUCAUUGGAAACCUAUUGUAGUCCAGUAAAUAAAACAGACUAGGGGUUUCCAUCUAUGGUACAGCAUAUUAUAUGGCAAAAUAAUUGAAAUUCUCUAAAGAAAUUCUUCACUAAGAUUUAUUUUUAUAAAAUUGAUAAUAUAUGGAAGCUGUGCUAAUUAUAGACAUUAAAGAUUGAAUUAAAGGGUCAUCAUGUCAAGCAUGAUGUAAAGAAAUUUAUUUAUCUUUUACAAUUGUAUUAAAGGACAUAGAGUUUCACAGAAGCAAUUACAGAAAAGACAUACAUUUACAGUCAUCAUAUUUUGAUAUGUUCACAAAUAUUGUAUUUUGAGUGGUUUAGCUUAGUGUAUUAAAAUAAAUCUUAUGAGGAAAAUACAAAAUGAUUCUGCAUUUGAUAUCAAUAAAGAUUAUUCUCUAGCUUCAUCCUGAAAUGAUUGCAUCAUACAUCUUCACAUUUAAUCAUGGCUAAUUUUGAUAUGUGAAUUUAUAUUCAAAUGAAAAAUAAAUAAACUUGAAAGAAACA